CAAGACUACUCAGCCCCUUCUCCUCUCCCACCCGGCGACUCGCCGGAGCUCCGCGCCGCCGCCGCCGCCGCUGUCCGGUUCCGCAGCAGAAGCCACCGACGCCGCCGCACAUCCGUGGAAUGCCCUCAGAUACGCCGCCCCGCGCUGCGUCUUCCUGAGGCUGAGGCUCCGACGCCGCCGAGAACCCGUGUGCAUCCCACGGGACCGGAGGAGGAAGAGGGAGAGAGGAGCUGCUGCUCGGCGGCCGCCGAGGAGGAGCCUAGGGGAUGGGGACCGCGAGGGGGUUGGCCCGCGUGCGGCGGGAGGCGCUCGCCGCGUGCAUGACGUGCCCGCUCUGCCGGGGACUUCUCAGGGCGGCCACCGCCAUAACCCUGUGCCUCCACACAUUUUGUCGGGAGUGCAUUAUGGAGAAAAUAAAUGAUGAGGAAGUUGACUGCUGCCCAGUAUGCGACAUUGAUCUUGGCUGCGAUCCUGAAGAGAAACUCAGGCCUGACCACAACCUUCAAGAUAUUAGGAAUAAGGUAUUCCCAAUUAAAAAGAUAAAUGUUGAUGCUCCAAAGGCUGUAACAAUAUUGCCAGCAAAGAGAAAACAGAGGUCCCUUUCGUCCUUGGUGGUUGACACUCCAAGCGUAGUAAAGCGGACUAGUUUGACUGGAAAGAGAACCAAAGCUAAAAGGAGGGCAGCAUCUUCUCGUGCAACUUCUCCCGUUAAUAAUGGAACCAUGAAAUUACCAAUUAAAUCUGAAAAUCGAGAUCAGAAGACUGAGAAAAGCUCUGCAUCACAAUCUACCAAGGUGGUAACAACUGCAAACAAAACUGAAAAUCAAGAUCAAAAGAAGACCAGGAAAACUUUGGCAAAACAGUCGACCAGGGCAGCAACACCAGCAAACAAAAAACAGCGAAAUACAGAUGUAGAAGUUUCAAGCAAGGCAUCUUCCGAAAAUAGAAAGAAUGGCAAGACAGUUGACAAGGAUGAGCUCCGUAAAUCUUCAAAAGUACCUAGGUCAACUCCCAAAAUCUAUGCUGUCAAUGAACAGCAAAUAAAAGAGAAAGAGAGUGAACUCCCUACAAGGAAAGGAGAGGCAGACAACAAAGUACCUAGGUCAACUCCUAAAAUCCAUGCCGUCAAUGAAGAGCAAAUAAAAGAGAAAGACGAACUCCCUACAAGGAAAGGAGAGGCAGACAACAAAGUGGUUAUUCCUGGGACAAGUGUGAGAGAACAUUCAAAUAACUCAAAUCUUAAAGAGAAAAAUGAUCGCAGUCCUCGAGAAUCUUCACCAUUGAAAGAUAAAACUACAACACAGGAUGAUUCGUACCAAGGAUUGCUUGGUUCUGCAAGCGAUUUGCAUGAUCCAAUAACAACUCCUGUGUGGUUCUCAUUAAUUUCUUUGCCUAAUCAGAAAGAAGAUCCACAACUGCCUCAGUUAUCAAAGACUUACAUGAGAAUCAAAGAUGGCGGUUUGCAGAUUUCCUCGGUACAGAGAUACAUCAUGAAGAAACUGGAUCUAGCUAAUGAAAAUGAGGUGGAGAUCAUCUGCCAUGGCGAGCCCAUCUGCCCCUCGAGCACGCUGCAUGGUCUGAUGGAACUGUGGCAUCGUAGACAGCCGACAGAGCCAGUGGAGGCGUUGGUGGGCACGCCAGCCAACGAGUUCGUCAUGGUGCUGGGCUACCGCCGCCGCCAGCACCCUAAUUCGGUGCCCAGCACCGUCGCCGUGCCUCCAGGCCCCUCCUGAAGCGGUCUGCAAGGGUGACUGCAUGCACCGCCGUGGAGCCUUGAACUGCACUGCUCGGCCCGUUUAGGAUAAAACAGAAGAAAGAAAUUACCACUACAGUUUUUUUUACUCAUUUCUUAGACCUUCUUUUGGAUCGUGUUCAUUUCUUAGACUUUUGUAAAGAGAGAGGAAAGAAGUUAGUCUACCAGCAGUCGUCCGUGGUAAAUGAUGUUAUAUUAAGCACCUUGAACAACCGUGUUUACUUACUCUAACGACAUUUCUGACGGAAAAAGUUAGGGUGAAA